AGUGGAAGCAAAGAGCCUGCCAGUUCUACAUCAGAAGUGUAUUUCAGGUCCGGCUUAGAGGAGGCUAAAGCCCAUCAGAAGGUACAAGCAAGAGUUCUGUCGCUGUGGACACUGCCACUUUGUGCCCAGCUCUGAAGCCUCAACUCUUGCCAGCCGGACCCCAGGCCCAUGUCAGUGACCCAUGAUGCCGCUCUCCAUGCCCUUCGGGAGGAGCAGGCCAGACUAAAGAGGAGGCUGCAGCAGCUGCAGCAGCGGAGGAGGGAAUUUGGGGACUUCCCUCACCACAACCAGGUCCCAUUCCCGGUGCCCUUGGUCCCCCUGGUGUUCCGAGGACACACUCAGCAGGGCACAGAAGGGUCCAAGCCUUUGGUUUCCAAACUAUGGAUCUGCUACCCUCUGCCUGGAGGCUCUGCUCUGGUCACCUUCGACGAUCCCAAGGUGGCCGAGAGGGUGCUGCAACAAAAGGAGCAUAAGAUCGACAUCGAUGAGUGCCGACUGCGGGUGCAAGUCCAGUCCUUGGAGCUGCCCGUGGUGACCACCAUCCAGGUGUCCACACAGAUAAGCAGGAGGAGUGUGCUGGUCAGUGGGUUUCCUGCAGGGCUCAGGCUGAGUGAGGAGGAGCUGCUGGACAAGCUAGAGAUCUUCUUUGGCAAGUCCAGGAAUGGGGGUGGCGAUGUGGAGAGUCGGAAGCUGCUGCAAAGUGGUGUCGUGCUGAGUUUCACUAAGGAUGCAGUGGCCCAGCACCUGUGCCAGGCUGGCCAGUUUACAGUGCCACUGGGCACGAAAAGCUUCCCUUUGAGAAUCUCUCCCUUCCUAAGUGGGGAGAUCCAGAAGGCUGAGGAAACUUGAUGUGAGCACAGAAGGAGGAACCCUCACCUUCCAGGAGCCCACCUUCCCCUCCACUCUCGGAGGCAACAUCCAGGACCCAGGGUUUGGCUUUUUAUUGACACAACACAAAGGCAGCUUCGGUAACAGUAACGGGGUGGGGUACACAAAAGCAGAAAUCGCCCUUCACACAUUUAGGCCUCAUUUAGACACUGAAGAGGCUGAGCCCCUCCCCCCACCUCCCAUUGGCAAUAGCUGGGCAGUAACCCUCCCUAAUUCCGUAUCAGAGAGCAGAGGGAGUUGUACCCCUGCGCCAGGAAGUCCCCACUUUGGUUCCGGUGGCCCAGGUCCUAACCACCCCCCUCCUUAUUCCCCUGUUCCAUCUCCCCACCCAUGUAAACAAAGUUUGGGGCUGAGUUUGAAAAGCUGCCCUCCUGCUCUGAGAAGGCAGUGGGCCUCCCUUGACUACACAAGAAAUGUGCUUCGAUUUUUUACUUUGGUCCCAGAACAAGAAACAGAUGGCAUUGCCUC